AUGGACAACGCUUCAACACCUGAUCAACCGGAUUAUCUUCGUAUGAUCUUGACAGCUCGUGUUUACGAUAUCAUCCAAGAGACUCCACUGCAGGAAGCGGUCAAUUUGAACUCGAAGCUGAACUCCAAAAUUUACUUGAAAAGAGAAGAUCUUAAUCCAGUCUUUUCGUUCAAGAUCCGUGGCGCUUAUAAUCGCAUGGCACAUUUAACAGAAGAAGAGAAAAAGAAUGGUGUCAUUGCAUGCUCUGCUGGUAAUCAUGCUCAGGGUGUUGCCAUUUCUGCGAAAAAGUUGGGCAUCAAAGCUAAAAUUGUCAUGCCACUGCCUACACCGGCUAUCAAGUGGCGUAAUGUCCAACGUCUGGGAGCAGAAGUCAUCCUGCAUGGUCUGGAUUUUGAUGAAGCAAAAAAGGAGUGUGCCAGACUGACCAAAGAGGAGAACCUAAAGGAUAUUCCGCCCUUUGACGACCCCUAUGUGAUCGCAGGACAGGGCACGAUUGGUAUGGAAAUCCUUCGACAGCACGACGUGAGCAAGAUCUCGACUAUUUUUAUCCCUGUCGGCGGAGGCGGCUUGAUCGCAGGUAUCGGCAGCUAUGUGAAACGUAUCGCACCUCAUAUCAAAAUCAUCGGCGUCGAAGCGGUUGAUGCGUGCGCAAUGGACCAAAGUCUGAAAGAGAAAAAACGAAUCGUGUUGGACGAAGUGGGUCUGUUUGCGGAUGGUGCAGCCGUGCGUAUGGUAGGCGAAGAGACUUACCGUUUAGCUCAGAGUCUCAUUGAUGAAGUCGUCUUGGUGAAUAAUGAUGAAAUCUGUGCUGCUAUCAAGGAUGUCUUUGAGGAUACUCGAUCGGUUUGUGAACCAACAGGUGCACUAGCGCUGGCCGCUACUAAGAAAUAUAUCAGCAUGUAUCCUGAAACAAAGCAUGAUGUACACGUCGCUAUCGUCUCUGGUGCCAAUGUCAACUUUGAUCGUCUGAGGUUUAUUGCUGAACGUGCUCAAUUAGGUGAAAAGACGGAAGCGUUCUGCACGGUUAUCAUUCCUGAGCGACCAGGCAGUUUCAAAAAAAUGAUCAAUGCUGUCUAUCCUCGUGCCAUCACUGAAUUCUCCUACAGAUACAAUGAUCCUGAAAAGGCUCAUAUCUACGUGUCAUUUAAAGUAAAGGAUCUAGAAUCAGAAAUCAAGCAGGUGCUAGAGGACUGGCGUAAAGAAGGCAUGCACGGCUUCGACGUUAGUGAUAAUGAGCUAGCCAAGGCACACGCAAGAUAUAUGGUGGGCGGUCGUCGACCUGAGAACGAACGUGUGUUUAGUUUUAUAUUCCCUGAACGACCAGGUGCGCUGAUGAAGUUCUUGGUCGAAAUUGAUACAAGGUGGAACGUGUCCCUGUUUCACUACCGUAACCACGGCGAUGAUAUGGGCAAGAUAUUCUUGGGUGUACAAGUGCCUCCAGAAGAUUAUACUGUCUUUAAUGAAUACUUGCAUAGAAUUGGAUACCAAUAUCAAGAAGAAACGGACAACCUGGUUUAUAAAUCAUUUCUCUGCUAA